CCGUGGCGUCAGCGCGGCGCCGGCGCGGCGGUGACGCGGGCCGGGCCGGCCAGGACGGGGGGCGGCGGCGGCGGCCUGGCCCGGUAUGGCGAUGUUCCGCAGCCUGGUGGCCUCGGCGCAGCAGCGGCAGCCGCCGGCCGGGCCCGCGGGCGGCGACAGCGGCCUGGAGGCGCAGUUCAGCUGCCCCAUCUGCCUGGAGGUCUACCACCGGCCCGUGGCCAUCGGCGGCUGCGGCCACACGUUCUGUGGGGAGUGCCUCCAGCCGUGCCUGCAGGUGCCAUCCCCCCUGUGCCCGCUCUGCCGCCUGCCCUUUGACCCCAAGAAAGUGGACAAGGCUGCACAUGUGGAGAAGCAGCUCUCAUCCUACAAGGCACCCUGCCGGGGCUGCAACAAGAAGGUCACCCUGGCGAAGAUGAGAGUGCACAUUUCUUCCUGCCUGAAGGUCCAGGAGCAGAUGGCCAACUGCCCCAAGUUCAUCCCCGUGGUACCCACGUCCCAGCCCAUCCCCAGCAACAUCCCAAACAGGUCCACCUUCGCCUGCCCCUACUGCGGCACCCGCAACCUGGACCAGCAGGAGUUGGUGAAGCACUGCGUGGAGAGCCACCGCAGCGACCCCCACCGUGUGGUGUGCCCCAUCUGCUCCGCAAUGCCCUGGGGUGACCCCAGCUACAAGAGCGCCAACUUCCUCCAGCACCUGCUGCACCGGCACAAGUUUUCCUAUGACACCUUCGUGGACUACAGCAUCGAUGAAGAAGCCGCCUUCCAGGCCGCCCUGGCUCUUUCUCUCUCUGAGAACUGAAGGUGCAGCUCAGCCACCUGCCCCUAGCCUGGAGUCCAGGAUGCCCUCCUGCCUCAAGGGACAGGGCUGUUGCCCUCCUGCCCCGACACCUGCCCAGGAGUGCACCUUGCUGGGCCAGGUGGGAUCUCCUGCACAGGGAGGGCCCAUCCAAGAGCCUCUAGGACUGGACAUGACCGGCUGAGCCCUUGCUGUCAACGGGCUGCCUGGGUCCUGGCCAGCCACGCCGGGCAUUCGGUGCUUCGAGGGGUGGGUGCUGCCAGUUGGGACUUAGAGUGGUCAGCUGUCUCUUCCGAGCCACCAUGUCCUCCUUGCUGGGAAGCAUGGGGUGCCCUGAGCUGUAAACUGCAGGAGCUGGGGCGGCGGAGCCCAGUCGCCUGUCUGGCAUCUGGCUCGCUUCCACAUGCGCACUUGGUACUGGCUUUUGUGAUACUUAGAAACCUGGCAUUUUUUCUAUCUUAUCCUGUGUGAUAAUCUUUUCACGUUUUAUAGAACAAAGACGAAGCAGUUACUCUUCAUAUUGCAAUAUCUGUGUUUGACUAGGAAGAAUAGUAUUUUUAUGGAACAUUUACAAAAUUAUAUUUUUAAAAAAAAAAGCUAAAAAAAAAUAAACCGUGUGAGGGAUCAGUGCAUGGAGGGCAGGAGCAGUGGGUGCCCUGGAACCAGAA